CGCGGGUUCGGACGGGGGGGGGGGGGGAGGCCAUGGCGCGCGCUGCACUUCCGGCUCCGGGAAGAGUUUGUGGAGACGGAACCGCGGGAGGUGGGAGAGAGACAGAAGAUGGGCUGGCUGGGGAUCCAGCAGAAUGCGCUGGCUUUCUCCUUCACCACGCUGGCCGCUGGCCUCAUGAACAACAUCCUCAGCUUCUACUAUGUCAAGCUCUUCUUAAACCGCUACAAGAUUUCUGAGGGAGAUUUUCAACAGGCGCAGGUGAUCUUCAUGGUGUGGAACGCCUUCAACGAUCCGCUCUUUGGCUACUUGCAGGACAACUCCAGGCUACCAUGUUGCUCACAGCGUCGCCUCUCCAUCCUGUACGGCGCCCCACUCUACGCUGCCGCCUUCCUGUUGCCGUGGUUUCCCUGGCGGGAAUACACGGAGGGUGACUGGCUGUGCGGGCUGCACCUGCUGGUGGCUCUGUGUGCCUAUGACGGGAUGCUCACCUUUGUGCUUCUGGCCCAAUGCUCGCUCUUCGCUGAGAUCUCCAACCUGCACGAGAGCCGGUUACAGCUCAUCAAAUACAACCAGGUGGCCUCCAUCGCCGGCUCCUCCAGCGUCCUCUUCUGCGGCCUCCUCUCCAACAACAUGGAGAACUUCUCCCACUUCCAGCUCGUCGUCCUCUCUGUGGCCGCGCUGGCCCUCGCCUGCAUGGUCUACAGCGGGCAGCAUUGCGUCAGUCAAUACGAGCAGGGCGAGAGGUCGGCCAAGGACAUGGCGAACAACGCCCCCAACCUCUCCUGGAGCUCCAUCUUCUACCUCACCAAACAGAUCGUCACCCAGAGGAACUUCGUCCUGUUCGUCAGCAUGAACUUCUUCCAGGUCUUCCACCUGGCCUUCCUCAACAACUUCAUGAUGAUCUUCGCUGACCAGCUCAUCCCCCGCAAUCUGCUGCCGACCAUGGCGAAGAGCAUCAUGUACGGAGCUGGCUUCAUCUGUCCCCAGCUCUUGGUUCUCAGCAGCCAUUCACUGUUGAAGAAGUAUGGUUAUUACAAAAUCAUCCUCUCUGUCUUCUAUCUGGAGUUGUGCAGUGCGACGGUCAUGCUGAUUUUGGGUCCAUCUCAUUACUACCUGUUGUCUUUCUUCCUCGUUGGGAACAUGGUGAUGGUAUCGGCAGCCUUCAGCCUCUUUAACUUGCCUCUGGCGGAUAUUAUUGACGCCGACCUUCAGAAGUAUAAACGCAGCUUCCCGCUGUCUUCCAUGGUGUUCGGAACCAACGCCCUGUUUACAAAGCCGGCCCAGUCUCUAGCACCCAUGCUGGUUGUAACCAUACUUAAUCAGUAUGACUACGAGAAACUGAAGGACAUCGCUACACUGACUAACCAAAGUGGCCUGGAGGAUCUUCACCGUGUCAUGUUUGGGCUUGUCUGCCUGACGCCAAUGUGCAUCGCGCUCCUGCAGAUCCUCGCCUGGACUCCUUUCUCUAUCCGGGAGAGCCACGCUGACGUGCCCAAGUACCUCGACUCCUAAAGACCACCCAUCCUCGAUGGGAAGACCACAGAUCCCGUAUCCCUCAAGCUGAGGUCCUGGGGUUCAUUAUUGUAGUAGUGAUAGAGCUGACAAGGUGGGGACAUUUUAAAUUUGGUUUUCUGUUUAUUCCUUCUUGAGACUCGGGGAUCUCAAUACUCGCGGAUCCCGUUGUCUUUGGGAAUGUGGUGUCGUCGGUGAAGCCACUUUGUGCGUUGGUGAUACGAGGAACUGCAGGCGCUCGAAUAUUGAUUAAAGCGCAAAGUCUGGAGGAACUCGGCAUCGGUGGAGGGAGUGGACAGGCGACGUUUCGGGUCGGCACCCGCAACACACUGGUUGUCGGGGUGGGGAGGACCAGGGCAUUGAAGCGAUGACAAUGGUGGACGAGGGAUAAAUGGACCCAGUGCGGAGGAUGUGAUGGUGUGGUGCUACUUGUACUCUGGGACUGAUGUGGGAGUUGCAGAAUACACCUACACCAGUGGAUGGAGUAGUAGUGUCCCAGUAGUGGACGAUGCAGGUGGUGACUGGACUGUGGAUCAUGUGGGGAUCUUUGUCCUGGAUAAUAUUCCCUGUUGCUCUCCAUACACCAGACCCAGGCACAUAUCUCUGGAUCAGUCAGUGUGUUGAGUACAAACAAGAGUCGAGUCAAGUCAAGACUUUUUAAUUGUCAUAUGUACCAACAACGGAACAAUGAAAUUCUUACUUGAGGCAGCUUAACAGGUCUCUAAACACAACACACAUAAGUAAUAUAUAAUAAACAAAAAAAUCAAUAAAUUAAUAACCAUAAAACCAGUGCAAAAACCCCCUAAAGUCUUUAGUGCAACCAAAGACAAUAUAUAGUUCAUAUUUGAUGUAAGUGUUGUGUAGUGUUCAAGUGGGAAGAAGCUGUUCUUGGUUUUCAGGCUCCUGUUUCUUCUUCCCAAUGGUAGGAGUGAAAUGAGAGCAUGGCCAAGAUGAUGCUGGCUGCCUUUUUGAGCCAGUGACUCCUGUAGAUCACUUUGAUGGUGGGGAGAUCAGUACCCAUGAUGGACCAGGCAGUGUUCACCUGUUUUUGCAGUCAUCUUCAUUCCUGGCCACCCGAACUAGGCAGUGACGCAACCAGUCAAUAUGUUCUCUACUGUACACCUGUAGAAGUUCAAGAGUAUCCAUUGACAUACAGCUCCUCAAUCUUCUAAGGAAGUAGAGGUAUUGAUGGGCUUUCUUCAUGAAUACAUCAUUGUGUUGGGUCCAGGGCAGAACUUCAGAGAUGUGUCCAACCAGGAACUUGAAGUUGUUGACUAUCCACCACCAUCCCGUCGAUGAAGACAGGUUUGUAGAUACUUUUCCUUCCUCUUUCAAAGUCCACAAUCAGUUCCUUGGUUUUACUGGCGUUCAGAGCAAGGUGGUUGUUCUGGCACCAGCGAGGUUAUUGUUCUGUGUUUGGUCAAUCGAUCGACCUCCUCCUGUACGCUGACUCAUCAUCAACUGUAAUUGGUCCAAAAGAGGUGCUGCUGUCGGCAGUUGUGGGAGUUGGAACUGUGUGCGGCUACACCAUCAUUAGUAUAGAGUGAGUAGAGCAGGGAGCUGAGCACGCAGCCUUGAGGUGCCCCCGUGCUGAUGGUUAUCGAGGAGGAAGUGUUGCUGCCAACUCGUACUGAUUGUGUUCUGAUGAGAAAAUUGAGGAUCAAAAAAACAUGCCAUACUGUGGCGACAUUUUGCAAACAGCACAACUCCCAGGCACACUUCCCUGAAUCGGUCAGUGUAUUGAGUACAGGCAAGAGUCGAGUGUUUAAUUGUCAAAUGUACCAACAACAGAACAAUGAAAUUCUUACUGGCAGCAGCAUGGUGCCAAAACAUGGCGUCUCUUGCAUGUGGGAUCAGUGCACUAUUUCUGUACAUCGGGGAUGUGCUUAGUUAUGGCAAUACUCAACUGGGCUGUUAGUAAGAAAAUAAUUUCACUGUGCGUUUGCACUUCACGCAUGCGACAAUAAAAGAACCAUUGAUAACAGGCAUGUAAACACAAUGCACAAAACCAAAAGUCCUUAAUGCAGCCAAAGACAGUCCAUUGAAGUUUAUAGUUAAGGUUAGUGUUGUGCAGUGUUCAAGAUCCUGCUGGGUGUUGGGAAGAAGCUGUUCUUGAACCAGAUGGUCAGGGUUUUCGGGCUCAUGUACCUUCUUGCUGAUGAUAGGAGCGAGAUGAGUGCGUGGCCAGGGUGGUGUGGGUCUUUGAUGAUACUGGUUGCCUUUUUGAGCCAUAGUUACGCGCUUCUUCCAUUAUCACUGGGACCAAGCAAACAUCCUGCCUUCUGGGUGUGUGAGGAUGACGGAUUUCUGAUGUGGAAAACACAAAUUAUUUUACAAAGGGUGAGGCAGAGAUGAAGGAGGGAACAUGAACACACCACCUGAGGGCAGGGCAGCACCCCAAGGAUGUGGUGCCUCCCCGCUGCUUUUUGGUGAACUAAUCUCCAUGGCAACAAACACAAAUCCCUGAUGAAUUGGGAAAUAUUUUUUAUUUUCUAAGAUAUAGUGUAGAAACAGGUUCUUCGGCCCAAACAAGACAAUGCCAACCAGCGAUCAUCCCAUAUACCAGCACUAACCUACACACUAGGGACUAUUUACAAUUUUUACUGAAGCCAAUUAAUCUACAAACCUGCACGUCUUUGGAGUGUGGAAGAAAACCCACGCGGUCAUAGGGAGAACGUGUAAACUCCGUACAGACAGCAACCGUAGUCAGGGUCGAACCCGGGUCUCUGGCAUUGCAAGACAGCAGCUUUAUUGCUGCACCACUGUGCCAUCCUACAUUGUUGAAUGUCCUGUGGAGGUUGCCUGAGUCUGGCCUGCCAAUUAGGCUGUGGGAGAACUAACUGCAUUGGCCACAACUGGGUCCAAUCUGCCUUUAGCUUUGUGCCAAAACGUCUACUCGAGGAUCUGAGGAGGGGUGUCUUCACUCAUUCACAUCUCACUCUCCACUGAAACAAAUAGUUACAGGGUCAAAUAUAGACACAAAGUGCUGGAGUAACCCAAAGAAGUUUGAAGAAGGGUCCUCACCUGAAACAUCACCUUUUUCUCCAGAGAUGCUACCUGACCCACUCAAUUACUAAUCUAGGCACUUUGUGUCUAUAUUUGGUAUAAACCAGCAUCUGCAGAUCAUAGCACCAGGGUGAUACCACCAAAUGCAACAUUUAUAGUGAAAUACUGCAACUGCUCAUUUCCAAUGUUGCAAGUGUUUGCCUUCCAGCUGAAAAACUAAAGAAAAGCGAAUCACGAGAAGCGAACCGACAUUGCUACAAAGAAACACUCUCUUUGUGGUAUCGUGAGAACAUAGAACAAACCACGACAAGGGAGAGGGCAGGAGAAUGGGGUUUGAAGAGAAAGAUAGAUCAGCCAUGAUUAAAUGGCGGAAAGGCUCCAAAGGCCGAAUGGCCUAAUUAAGUUCCUGUGUUAUAGAACACAGGAACAGGCCCUUUGGCCCUCUAUGUCUGUGCCAAACAUGAUGCCAGUUAAACUAUUCUCCUCUGUCUGUAUAUAAUUCAUAUCCCUCCAUUCCCCUCGUAUCCAAAAGCCUCUUAAACCCCACUAUCCCAUCUGCCUCCACCACCACUCCUAGCAGCAUGUUCCAGGUAAACUUUAGACAGAACGAACUGCAGAUGCUGGUUUACAAAAAAAUGUAACUCAGCCAGUCAGGCAGCAUUUCUGGAACAUGGAUAUGCGAUGCUUUGGAUGUGACGAAGGGUUCCGACUCAAACAUCACCUAUCGCUGUUCUCCAGAACUGCUGCCUAACCUGAUGAGUUAAGGGCCUGUCCUUCUUGGCCGUCAUUUGCGCCUCAUUUACGCAUCAUAUGUAAAAUAGGUCGACGCGUCGUGAUGCGCGAUGUUGCGCGCAAAUCACACUCCAGCACAGCCGUCUGGUGCGCGUCACGUCAUUAGAAUGACCUGCGGCACACGGCGACGUAACCAUGCGUCACCACACAAUACACGUGAGACGGGACGUCAGCAUCCGACUCCAAUGCGUCAGCGUGCGUACGUGAUACGUCACGCAGGUGGCGCGCGAGGAUUUUGUUACGCUACAAAAUCCUGGAGCGCCGCGCGAUACUUCGCGCCACCACAUGCGAUUCCAUGCCUCACCAUGCGCAAUGCGUGCGUCACGACGCGACAACCUAUUUUACAGAUGACGUGUAAAUGACGGCCAAGUGGGACAGGCCCUUUACUCUGGCACUUUCUGUUCUUUAAACUUUGUCCCUCUCGCCUUAACACAGUGCCUUCCAUUCAUUGCCAUUACAAAGAACAGUGCCUUUCUCAUCCUCCUAGUGUUUUUGUGCCAGUGAUGAAUUUUGGAAAUACUGUCAUGUGACAACCACAGUAAUCUGCUGGGAACAGCGGAGAUAUAUAACCGAAUCCUCAGGUGGCAGCAGUGUUGGUUGGGACCUUUGGGGAAGUCACCCCUACUCUUUACAAUAUCGUGACUGUGUGAAUUUAGAGUAAAUGCCAGGAAUUAAACAUCAUGGUCUUUAAAAAACAAAAUCAGAAUUUUCAAUGCAAUAAAAACACAUUCCUGA